AUGGAAGGGGCAUCCGAAGAUUGCACACUACAAACCGAGAUACUUCUUCGCCCAGAGAUCCAUCGUUCCCGGGAACAUUUUCUCGAUCUGAAAGAUCGUGUUCCCACACCAAUUCCCCAGAAAAUCAUCUUAACCUUAAGCACGACAAUUAAUGGCCUGGCAAAGUUUUCUGCUGUCAACUCCUCUCCUCUUACUCCGGCAUGGAAAUCGGAUCCCUUAAAUAACUUCCAGACAAUUUGUAACCAUAUUGCGUCGACACGCACGUCAGGAAUUGUUGCCCAUGGAGACCAAAUGACUGCAGGUCUAUUGAAUGCAUCGUGGGCAAUUGAUACGAGAAAUUGA